UAAAAUUGACAAACAAAAAGCAACCAUAGUAACCAUUUUAGUAUAUAAUUACAACUAAAAAGUCAGUUCUACACAAUCUACAUUGCUAACUUUGAAGAUGGCAAAAGGAGUAACACUUGCAAUUAUUUUUGCUUUAAUUUUUGGAGCUGCCGGUCAAUCACAACUUCGUAUUGCUCGAGCAUGUGAAGGUAGCGAGCUAAAAAUUGUUUGCAACGGACAGGACACAAUUGAAGUGGUUCGUGCAAACUACGGUAGAACAUUGCCUGGUGUUUGCCCUGGUGCCUAUGACAUAAACACAAAAUGUCACAACCAAAAAAAGUCACUAGAAGUUGUUCUUGAAAAAUGUUCAGACAAAUCUUCAUGUGUCAUUCAAGCAUCCAAUGGAGUGUUUGGUGAUCCAUGCGUCGGAACAUACAAAUACCUCGAAGUGCACUACCAUUGUAAACCACAAGUUCAUAUGGCUCGGGCGUGUGAAAACAGCGAUCUCAAAAUUGAUUGCAACGGCCACGGAACAAUUGAAAUAGUCAGUGCAAAUUACGGUAGAACAUUGUCUGGUGUUUGUCCUGGUGCACAAGACACAAAUAAAAAUUGUAACAACCAGAAAAUAUCAGUUGAAAUUGUUAACAAAAGUUGUGCAACAAAAACUUCGUGCGUUGUUCAUGCUUCCAAUGGAGUUUUUGGUGAUCCAUGCGUAGGAACUUACAAGUACCUCGAAGUGCAAUAUCGUUGUAGAAGACACGAUGUUUAUUAUGCAUGAGUAAAAAAACUGUAAAGUUAAUUAUUGUAUCGUUAGUAAAAUAUCAGUUUAAAAAUAAAA